AUGCCUCAGAAUGAGUAUAUGGAACGCUUUGCCAAGCAGCAUGGCAAGCGUCUCGAUCACGAUGAGCGCAAGCGCAAGAGACAGGCCAGAGAGGGCCACGCCGGCUCCGAGAAGGCGCAAAACUACCGCGGUCUGCGCGCAAAGCUGUACCAGGAGAAGCGCCGUAAGGAGAAGAUCCAGAUGAAGAAGCAGAUCAGGGCCCACGAGGAGCGCAACGUCAAGUCCAACGAAGCCGCAGAGCCUUCCAACACUCCUCUGCCCGCCUACCUGCUCGACCGCAGCAACGAGCAGAAUGCAAAGGCUCUGUCCUCGGCCAUCAAGAACAAGAGAGCCGAGAAGGCUGCCAAGUUCAGUGUGCCCCUGCCCAAGGUCAGAGGUAUUGCCGAGGAGGAGAUGUUCAAGGUCGUCAAGACCGGAAAGAAGACGGCAAAGAAGAGCUGGAAGAGAAUGAUCACCAAGCCCACUUUCGUCGGCCCCGACUUUACUCGUCGUCCUGUCAAAUACGAGAGGUUUGUUUCCGCCAUCUCCAAUCACUUCAACACAAUCAUACUCACACGUUCUCCANGAUUCAUCCGUCCCAUGGGUCUCCGUUACAAGAAGGCAAACGUCACCCACCCCGAACUUGGUGUAACUGUUCAGCUCCCCAUCAUCUCCGUCAAGAAGAACCCUCAAAACCCCAUGUACACCCAACUCGGUGUCUUGACCAAGGGUACCAUUAUCGAAGUCAACGUCUCGGAACUCGGUCUGGUCACUGCUGGUGGAAAGGUCGUCUGGGGUCGUUGGGCCCAGGUUACCAACAACCCCGAGAACGACGGCUGCUUGAACGCUGUCUUGCUCGUUUAA